GCUCGCGGCGAGCAGGAACUGCAGCAGCGCCUCGACGGGACGCACGACGGAGCGCGCCAGCCACCUGCCUCGACGCCUUCCCCGCGAUCGCUGCUUGAUGGGCCCGGCGGGGCGACGCCCGGCGCUGCUGCUGCUGUUCCUGCUGCUCCUGCUGCGGACGGCUACAGGAGGCCCCUUGGGAAACGCUCCAUCGCGGACCCGCCGGGGACUCCUCCAGCUCGCCGGGGCAAUCUUGUGCACCACACAGCGCUCGCCGUUUGCCUACAUGCGCUAUGGUUGCUACUGUGGUUUGGGAGGCACUGGCUAUCCCAGGGACAAAGCAGACUGGUGCUGCUUCGAGCAUGACUGCUGCUACGGGGAAGCCGAGAAGGAGGGCUGCUCGCCCAAGCUGCAGAAGUACACCUGGGAGUGUAAGAACAACUCGGCCAAGUGUGAUGAUAUAGAAGACAAGUGCCAAAAAAUGGCUUGCGAAUGCGACCGUGACGCAGCCAAGUGUCUGGCGAGAGCCCCCUACAAUUCCAAGUAUUUGUUCUGGCCGGAUACUUUAUGUGGGUCGUUCAACCCUCAAUGUGAAGAUGAUUAAGAAAGGGCGUCACUUGGGCCAGACUUCACGGACAUGGGACGUUCCCCUCCUAGAGUCACCUCUCAAAAACAAAUCAAAGCGGCUCUAGAUUUCACCCAGCUUUGGAUGGGUGUUGUCUAGACACACACAUCAACUUCCAAAUAAUUUCAGCCGUUCUUCAAGCAAGAAACGUUUCCCCAAACAGAAGGGGGAUAACAUGCUCCAACCCAUCUCCUUGGCUCAGGUGACAGAAGGCCCCCUACCUAACCUUGGUACAUCUCAUUUCAAUUCAGUAUGUGAUAUUCUCCUCUUGGUUAUAAGUCUGAAGCGUUGUCCAGAAAGGACUCAGCCCCGAGAGUAACCAUUUUCGUAUCCUGUAUACCCCAGGCAAACGUUUGCUUGACCAUGAAACCUCAGACCAGCCUACCUCAUAGGGCUGUUGCGAAGGGAAGAAUGGGGAGAGGGACAAGAAGAACAGUGUUUGGUAAAAACGUAAUACUAAUAAUAAAUAUUAGAAAAAAAAUAAUCUUCCGCUUUAAUUCUUAAAAAGGUUCAUAUGCAAAUCUGAAGAUCAUAUCAUUACAAACGCAGAGUCAAGUUUAAUUUAUAGGGGCACAUCAUUUAAAAUAAAGCUAAUCUUGGGUUUUGGCAUACAUUUAACGAGUGGCAACAGGAGGCGUUCA